CGCAUCUUCAAUCUGAAAUGUUUCUACCAGUGAAAAACUCAAUCACCAUGGUCCAAGCAUCGCAAGUAUAUGUGAAUAAGGAGCCCAAUCUUAUUGACCAGAGUCAAAACUGGUUGGAGGGAAAAACGAACAGUAUUUUUUGUCCUCGAUCGCUCGUCAUUGAUAAUAGAUUUAUUGCCUUCUUUGUGCCCGUUAUCAAAUGUCACCUCUAAACUUUUGGGGCUGUUUACAAUGGGCAAGGUUUGUACUCAAAUGUUUGUAGUAACAAUAAAAAAACAAGUUGUUUGGGGGCCGGCUAGACAUCAAUAUGGUGGGCAGAAAGGGUCACCAAAACUUAUCCCAUCUGUGGUAUAUUUUGUCGUUGUGGAACAGAGUGUCUUACAAUUUAUGACGCCAUUUUAGAAUUUGCAGUUCCCUCACAACAGUUGCAUAUCUUUAUGUCUGGCGAAUUCAUAAAAAAGAAUCAAACGAUGGCAUUCAAGUGACAAAACAAAAAUUGUGCAAAACUCAAGGUAGGUUUUCAAAACAUAAAAGAAGGAGAUGUGAAGUGGAGCAAUGGUUGACGUAGUUUCCUCCACGGAGAAAAAAUGAGGGUCUGUUUCUUCUAGCGGAUCUCUCUUACAGAAAUUACUCAGUCAAAGAUGUUAAUUUUCAAACUUCAGUACCUUCAAUUGUUUUGCCCUUACUUUCCAAUUUUUUUAGACAUUCUUAAAUACAAUUUCCAAUUGGAAUUAAUCCUUUCCCGUGUUCCUGAAAGAUGUGACUCGUCGGCGAAACCUAGCAAAUUAGAGCAGAUCAAAGAAUGCAUCAACCAAAUCCUAUCGAGAGCGUUGCCUAUUCGAAAUGGAGUGAGUGGUCGAGCAUUUCAGGGUCCAAACUUAAGGCGCUCAAGUGUACAGUAGUGUGCCAGUAGAUCGCGUUGUGGGCUGGAUGGAAUAGAAUGGAUGGAUGGAUGCAUGGAUGGAUGGAUGGAUAGAUGGAUGAAUCGAGAGUGAGCUGCCAUACGACACAAGUACACUGACCAGAGAACAAGUCGAAGCGCCAAAAUCUUGGGUGAUGUCGGCGACCACAAAAUCUUGAAUGAUCUCGGACCUGGUGCUAUGGUGCUACUUCUCCACGGCCUCCUCCACGGCGGAUGAGGAGAAGGAAAAAGAAUAUCGGAUGGUCUUCAAAUCAUGUCAAUCGUCAAGUGUUUCUCUGACGACUGAGAGAGAACAAGAAACGUUGUGGGAUUACAUUUCAAGCUCUAAGAAUAGCCAUUGUUCAGCCAUCAGCCAGCCAGCCAGCCAGCCAGAUUCUUUGAUUGAAUAUGAGGGAUCAAGAUACAACGUGGUCAUAAUUGCUCUUCUCGUUCGAUCUAAAUAAGUCGAUCCAACACGCACCUCCGCCAAUGUGAACUAGUACCCUGGCUGUUCAACUGUAGUAAUUGCAAAUUGGUCGUGUUGCUUGCUUCUAUUGUGCUUCUUCCUCAAUUACAGACAAACUGGACUUGUGCGACUAUCAUGUGUUUCGUUGUGACAACAUUAUUCAUGUGCCUCGUGCUAACAGCCACUCUGGACUCAUCCGAAGGCCUUCGUUACAAUUACGGCGAUGGCUCGUAUUACAUCGGUUCUGUGGAUGAAUACGGCAAACCGGAUGGCAUCGGACAAUACUACAACAGCUCCGGAGAUCUAGAAUAUCAAGGUGGAUACAGAGACGGGGUUCCCAAUGGUAAUGGCACCUGGUUCGGUCCCAACGGAGAGCGUCUGGAUGCGGAUUUCGUCGACGGCCAUGCUGUAGCUCAAGGCAUCAUGGAGUUCAAGAACGGGGAUGUGAUUCUUGGAUUAUUUCACAACCACCAUCCGCAUGGACAAGUCAAAAUUGCCCGAAAAAAUGGCGAAGAGAUCACUGGGGACUUUCGCAAUGGCAUCCUUCAUGGCGAGAUCUCUUGGAAAUCCGCCACGGGCAACACAAUGUCAGGCACCUAUCGAAUGGGACGACCCCAUGGGAAUAUUGUGGUGGUCAAUGAAGAAGGCAAUACCAUCUAUUCGGGCAAAUUUAUGAAUGGCCAACCGUUGAGCCAAGAAGAUCUGCCGGAAGAAUUCCAGUUGGAUCAGAUUCCAAUGCGAGUGUAGGGUAUGAAGCCAGCUGAGGAGUACAAAGUCAAUAACAUUCAGGAUAGACUGCAACACCGUGUUUAAUCUUUUGUAAAGAUGGAUUUCGGAUAAAGUAUUUAUACGAGGGAGAGUGCACUCGUCCCAACCAUUAUUGAACGAGGGUCAGCUGCCGUUGACAAGGAAUAACGUGGCCUUAUCUCGAGUAACACAUGUCGCCAUUGACUUGAUUAGGGCGAGUGUGCUCUCCCUGAUUUAUACGUUUAACUUGACAACCCAAUUUUCAACCAAUGGGGAACAUGAAUUUCUAAUAAAUAUUUUCAACU